UUGAAGAAUUAUCGAUUUGUAUUUUUUUUUAAGAUAAUCAGUGAAUUGUUGGACAUCAAUUUGACACCCUCGAAACCAGCCUAUGGAUUAAGCCCAGCUUCACCUCUGUGCCUGUUCGACUGUGCAUACGAUGGAAUCGAACUGUCCUGGAGGUGGGAUAUAGAGUCGCUAAAAUCCGUACGAACACAUAUCUUGAAAUCGUGGGCCGAGUAUCAAUCAAGAUCGAUUAUGUUGCGGAAUAUGGCUGAAAGUAUUGGUCUUUUAAUAACUGAUGAGGACUGCGGCACCAAUGCCCUGAAUGACUACCUGAGGCCAGCUGUAACAUCAACCAAAGUUUAUGUACCGAUCAGAAAACGUGGAACCUGUGAUGCGCUGGAGUUGAAGCAAGAGAAAAUUCGCAGGAAAAUGGCAAAACUGAAAAAUACUGGCUUGCCAUCGUAGUA